GUUACACGUCAGUAUUCAGGGCAGGUCACCCAUGUUACACGUCAGUAUUCAGGGCAGGUCACCCAUGUUACACGUCAGUAUUCAGAGCAGGUCACCCAUGUUACACGUCAGUAUUCAGGGCAGGUCACCCAUGUUACACGUCAGUAUUCAGGGCAGGUCACCCAUGUUACACGUCAGUAUUCAGGGCAGGUCACCCAUGUUACACGUCAGUAUUCAGAGCAGGUCACCCAUGUUACACGUCAGUAUUCAGGGCAGGUCACCCAUGUUACACGUCAGUAUUCAGAGCAGGUCACCCAUGUUACACGUCAGUAUUCAGAGCAGGUCACCCAUGUUACACGUCAGUAUUCAGAGCAGGUCACCCAUGUUACACGUCAGUAUUCAGAGCAGGUCACCCAUGUUACACGUCAGUAUUCAGAGCAGGUCACCCAUGUUACACGUCAGUAUUCAGAGCAGGUCACCCAUGUUACACGUCAGUAUUCAGAGCAGGUCACCCAUGUUACACGUCAGUAUUCAGAGCAGGUCACCCAUGUUACACGUCAGUAUUCAGGGCAGGUCACCCAUGUUACACGUCAGUAUUCAGAGCAGGUCACCCAUGUUACACGUCAGUAUUCAGAGCAGGUCACCCAUGUUACACGUCAGUAUUCAGGGCAGGUCACCCAUGUUACACGUCAGUAUUCAGGGCAGGUCACCCAUGUUACACGUCAGUAUUCAGGGCAGGUCACCCAUGUUACACGUCAGUAUUCAGGGCAGGUCACCCAUGUUACACGUCAGUAUUCAGGGCAGGUCACCCAUGUUACACGUCAGUAUUCAGGGCAGGUCACCCAUGUUACACGUCAGUAUUCAGGGCAGGUCACCCAUGUUACACGUCAGUAUUCAGGGCAGGUCACCCAUGUUACACGUCAGUAUUCAGGGCAGGUCACCCAUGUUACACGUCAGUAUUCAGGGCAGGUCACCCAUGUUACACGUCAGUAUUCAGAGCAGGUCACCCAUGUUACACGUCAGUAUUCGACGUUCAUCCAUGUCUGAGGAUAUCAGAAGAUGGCGUGGAAACCGGCCACUAAACUUAACCCUCACCUUCAAAAUUCUGACUUGA